AUGCCGAAGAAAAAGGGGAAAUCGGGAAAGUCGAAGAAAGGAGGGAAGAAAAAGGGUAAAUCCUCUUCAAAGGAAGGAUCAAAACCUGCGAAAGCAGACCCAAUGGCUCCGCUGUUUGUACAACCCCCACCUCGACCAGGCGAAAGGCUUGUGGAACUUUUGAAGAAGAAUCCAGUUGAUGAAAAGGAAAUUCAUGGCUACAAAGUGACCAACAGAAUACUUAAACAACUGACUCCUCAGGAGAUCCGAGAUCUGUUGAUGGUGUUUGAAUUGUUUGAUAAUAACAGUGAUGGGUACCAUGGGUCUGCUGAACUUCGCCGUGCAAUGAGAGCCUUAGGGUUCAAGUGUUCGAGGGAGGAAGCAAAGCAGUUGAUAGCUGACACAAGUCUAAAUGGCAAAAAUAUGAUUGAUUUCCCUGAGUUUCUAGAGGCAGUGAUUGACAGACAGGGUGAUGCAAGAGACAUGUAUGAUGAAAUACUCAAAGGUUUCAACAUGUUUGAUUAUGAAAAGACAGGAGCCAUUUCUUUGGAGGGUUUGAAGUUGGCAUGUGAGGAUGCUGGUAUAAAAUUUACUCAGAAGGAGCUAGAAGAAAUGAUUGAAGAGGCAGACCUGAAUGGUGACGGAAAAGUUGACCAAUCAGAAUUCAUUCGAAUUAUGCUACAGACAAACUUAUUCUAGAAACUUCAUCUCUAUGUGUAUUAACAUAAAAACCUGUGAUAUCUAACUGGCAAUUAAAUUCACUAAUCUAUUUAUGAAUGAUUAAGUUUGGUAGAGUCUAUAACUUCUGAUCAUUGGGUUGGAAUGGAUUAAAAGUUAUUUCCAGGGAUCUUUGUAAUGAAUAAAUUGUGAAUUUAAAUCUACCAAAACCAGAAUAAAAAA